AUGACAACCCCCCAAGAACGACUUCAGUCUCCCGAGAAUCGGUCUCGCUUGAUCAGACACUUCGAACAAAGUUCGAUCGAGAACCACAAUGCAGCAUGGGACAGCCUUUGGGAGACUGAUAACAGCGACAUGUGGGACAGAGGGAAUCCCUCGCCUGCCUUAGUUGACCUCCUAGAGCAAAGGGAGGACAUCUUGAGCCCAAUUGCAGCUAACGGCCAGAGGAAGAAGAUCCUCGUACCUGGAUGCGGAAAAGGCUACGAUGUGGUCAUGCUCGCUCUGCAUGGAUUCGAUGCCGUUGGGCUCGAGAUCUCAGCCAAGGGAGUUUCUACUGCCGAGGAGUAUGCACAGAAAGAACUUCAAGCUCCACAAGCAUACAACUUCGGGUCUGCUUGGACAAACAAGUUUGAAAGAGGCUCUGUGUCUUUCAUUCAGGGUGAUUUCUUCCAGUCAGACUGCACGAAAGGGGAGAAGUUCGACGUAAUUUAUGACUACACUUUCCUUUGUGCUCUUCAUCCAAAUAUGCGUGCUCAGUGGGCCUCGCGCAUGGCUGAUCUAGUGUUUUUCGGGUGGCCUUCUGGCCCACCAUGGCCCUUGCAAGGCGUGCACUGGAAUUUGCUGGCUGAGAGUGGUGAUGGAAUUCUAUAUCCCCCUAAACAAGAGCAACAGGUGGGAACAGGUUCUUUCGAGAGGAAGUGGUAUAUCAAGCCCGAGAGGUCCUACGAGAGUGGACAAGGUACCGAUAUGUUGAGCAUCUACGCAAGGAAGUAA